GGCUGAGAUGCUGAGCCGGGGAUUUGUGUGUCCCGCAUGGCCCCGCAGACUUUGGUCCUCGCUAAGCAUUUGUGCUGAAGACAGGUUGUUAUGAGACUCGUGCCAUUCCCCCACUGUUCUGUCCCACCACAGAUCCUGAAAGACCAGAGUGUAACUGCCUGCUGCAAAGCUUUGCUCUGCCCCCAAGACCCAGUAUGGAAGCCAUUGCCAAGUUUGAUUUCACUGCUUCUGGAGAAGACGAGUUGAGCUUCCAGGCUGGGGAUAUGUUGAAGAUUUUGAGCUCCCAGGAGGAGUGGUACAAGGCUGAGCUCAGAAGUCACGAGGGUUACGUUCCUAAGAACUUCAUUGAUUUCCACGUUCCCCCCUGGUUUGAUGAGAAGAUAUCCCGCCACGAAGCAGAGAACCUUCUCAUGAGCAAAGGAGUUGGCUGCUUCAUCGUCCGAGCUAGUCAGAACUCUCACGGUGACUUUUCCAUCUCUGUCAGGCAUGAAGAUGAUGUGCAACACUUCAAAGUGAUGAGGGAUUCAAAGGGUAGCUAUUAUUUGUGGACAGAAAAAUUCCAGUCUCUAAACAAGCUGGUGGACUACUACAAGACAACUUCCAUCUCCAGGCAGAAGCAGAUCUUCCUAAGGGACAACAGCCAAGAAGAAAAGGAGAGGCAGGGUGGGAGCCUGGAAUGGAUUGGCCAGGAAGGAUUCCACAUGGGAGGAGCAGCUGGAGAAGAUCAUUCUUCUAUAUCCAGGAGAUAUGUAGAUCAUCCUAUUCCCAUACUGCAGCAGCAACAGGAAAGAUAUGGUGGGAGUCUGGACAGGAAAGAUGUGAUGCACAGGCUAAGGGAUCAUGGCCAAGGAAGUGCAGGAGCGAUGCAACGGAGACACACAGACCCACUGCACCAGCAGACACCGCGAACGCUGUGGGUCCGUGCCUUGUACGACUUCGAGGCGAUGGAGCACGAUGAGCUGGGCUUCCGCAGCGGAGACAUCUUAGAGGUCCUGGACAGCUCCAACCCAUCCUGGUGGAAAGGGCGCCUGCGUGGGGAACUGGGUCUCUUCCCUGCCAACUACGUCACGCCAGUGCUGCUGUGAGGGCACAGCGUGGCCCAGAGGGCUGUGCUGGAGCUGCUCUUCUCACAUGACUGGGACAGAGAAGGAGUGCAUCUUCCCUCGCCACCAGGACAUUGUUUUUUGUUUUGUCUUAAUUUAUUGGCAUAGAUCUUUUGAAAUCUUGGCAUGAAAGAGAACCCUUCAAAGAAGAUUUUUUUUCCCCCCCCUAUUUUCCAGUCAUGAAGGAGAGGGAGGAAAAUCUUGGACUGGUCCUUUAGACUUUGCCAGGUCCUUCCAGCCCUGUCACCUCUUUGGCUCACUAUUGUUAACCUCCUGCAAUUAGGUUUAUUCUGUGGAAAUGCUCCUCAAGAAAGCCAGAGUUCAGGUUAACUUCAGGUCCAGUAUUGAGGUAGCACUGUCCCUUCAUUUUGGAUCUGGUAGCUGUCAUAGUCUCUUCAGGCUCCAGUCCACCUUUCUUUCAGAGGCAGGAGGGAUGUCCACAUGAAUUAAAUGAUCCUUGGCAACCACAUUAACCCUUCAGCCAGGGAAGGAAAGUGAAGGGGCUUUAGGUUGAGGCAAUCUAGACUUUUCUGAAUAGUUUCUGGAUUACCCAUCUCAUACUGUGUGUAUGAACUGUAUGGACAUACCAGAUGAAGGGAAGGAAUCCUGUAAGCUUUUGUACAAAUGUACAAGUGUGAAGGUGUGGGAGGACAAGAAGCUUUCUUAGCUUCUUCUCAUAGGCCUGCUCUUCUUUCUGCACCCCGUAACAGCUUACCCAUUCUCAAGCUGCUCCUUUAGGUACCUGCACUUCAGAUAGAUAGCCUGAUUAUAGCAGAUCAGGACCUUCAGCUAAAUUAGUAUCCACUGGAUUGGAUAGCAAUUAAUAUUUGGUUGGUUCCUUCUGUAGAACUGAACUGGGGAGGGAUUGGGGAGGUUUCUCUGGUUUGGUGGCAGAAGUUCUUUCCCUGAGAACUUGCUGUAUUGAGGAUCACCAUGCACACAACUCUGGCUUACUAGAGAAAUGUCUCAUCCAACAGGUUGAGCUGUUAUUUUACAGCAUGCAGAGAAUAAAGCUGUAGCCAUCAAAUAGUCUGUUCUCUGUGCAGUUUCUUUGGGAUAAAAUAAGCUAAAUUAAUAGGUUUUCAAAUAACUGCUGAGUGAAUGCCCAGAUGUGAUAGAAAUUUAUUGCAAUGCACAUUACCUGUCCCCUUCACAAACCCUGUGAAGGGCACUCUAUUGCAUAACCACUGCUCAGGCAUGGUGAUAUUAAACAAGCUGCCUGAAUUUUUCACAACAUGUGGGAAGUCAGCAGUCAGCAAGGAGAAGAGAUGAUUAAUCAUUAUUGAAAAGGAAAGAAUAGGCAAUUGAAAACCUCUAAACACAUAUCAGACUCAGCAACAAAAAAAAAACAGAAAAAGGAAAAAAAAAAUAAUUAUGAAGUUAUUCUGUUAGUCCCAGUGGAAGAAAAAGAACCCACAAAAUAGGUUCUUGGUAAAGUCCUACUCAGUGUAGCUGGGCUGAAUAAAGCUGCCAGCUAGACAGAGUAUUAGCACAAAGAAUCCAUUUUGAGAGAACUCCACCAAAAGCAGAUUGUUAAUGGGUGAAGUAAAAUGAGAACAUUUAACGAGGCAUAUAAGCUCUAAAGAGAAUAGAAAACUUCAAAAGACACAUUAAGAACCUACUGGCUUCCAUGGUGCUCCAGGGAAUACCACUGCCUGGGCUGGACAUGGCCCUGUUCUCUCACAGGAUCUCUGUUCUGGCCCUUUAGAGUCUCCUUCUGAAGGGAAGUCCAUGAGGCUUCUUUUGGAAGAAGAUCCCUUAUCAUUUGUAUAAGGGUGUAACCUCUGUGACUCCAAUUUGAAGAGUGUUUUGGUGUGACUUGCCCUUUUUUAACCUUUUUGUGUGUUGGCUGGUUUUCUUCUAAGGUAGCAACAAAUUUGGAAGAGAAAGGGUUAAUAGUCAGUGAGAGAGAGGGAGAGUAUUUAGGCCAGGAGGAGAUGGAGAAACCAGAGACUAACAAAGGCAAAGGAGGGAUAAAAAUGAUGGAUCUUUCAUAUUCAGCUCUGGCUGAAACAAAAGAAAUGGUGUUUUCACAAUUAUUCCCAUCAUGUCAAAUCAUCUUUCAAUUAAUUCCUUUUUUCCUGUAUUAGUUACUUUUAAAAUGAGAAGCAAUGUCUCCUUUUCCUUUCCUCAGCACUCUAAAGACCCUCUUGGUAGUGAAGAUGUAGUUGCACAAAAUUAAUUGAAGAUAAUGCACUUAGCAGUUUGAUAGCUCUUCACACAUUUGAAACCCCUUUACAGAGAUUAACUAAUUAAGCAAGUCUAAGUAGUGCAUUGUAAGUACCCCCGUGUUAACUCAUGAUUCAUUUGAGGAAGAGGUAAAUUUUCACGUGAUUUUUUAAAUUGAUGUUUAAGGAAUUAAUACCUAAGGUAAUUAGUAUUAAAGGACUGCACGCUAAUUAUGGACAACAUACCAGAACCACAGUAAAAUCAGGAUUUCUCAUUAUGAGCAGCACCUAAUGACAGUAAAAUUACCGGGAGGUGACAGCCUCACGGCGUCUGUGGUAACUCCACAGCACCUUGUUCUGCUGCCCUGUGCAGGCUCGUGGCUGCCAUGCCCAGUCUCUCUUGCCUCUGCUUUUGGCCUUGCAGUGCUGCCUGCAUUUACUGCACAUUAAUCCUUCAGGAGCUGGGAGGCACGGGUGUCAGCCUUCUCUUCUGUACCCUCCCACGGUAAAAGCCAUUUUCCUCCCAGCAGAGCAGCAGUGCUAAGGAUUGUGGCUAUUCCCAAGUCAGCAGAGAGUCUGGACACAAGGGGAGCUGAGGGCAAAGUGGGGAAUUCGGGGGGAAUAGAAAGGGCUGUAGGAUGGAGAUGUUUGCUGUGCCCAAUGCCUUUUAUUGCCCAUGAAAUUCUCUCUUUUAUAGAUCAGGCCACUUAAUGACAAUCCUCUCCCCUAACCUUCCUGCUCUUUCUUCCUACAGGUUUUAAUAGUAGCACAACCUUUAUUAAUAUUGUGGUGAUUCACUUACCCCUCAGUGUAAGUAAGAGUAUUUACCUAUUGCACCUGCAAGAGGCACAUAUCACAGUCUAGGACUGGAGCCUUAAGGCAACAGGGCUGCACUGAGCUCACCUGACAUUUGCCAAUGUUUUGGGAAGAUCCAAACCUCUGGAACAUAUCCCAGGAGAGUCCACUGUGAGACCAAAAGGGGAAGGGAUAAGUAGGAAAACUGGAUGAGUAUUUUGUUUCUUAAGCAAGAAAGACAGUUCAUGAGAAAAGAGAAUGUAAACCAGAGAGAAAAGUAGGAAAAGUAAGUGGGAAGGCAAACAUUAUAACAAAUGAAACAGAGGAAGUUGGACUUUCACAUGGUAAAACAAGUUUGAUGAGCAUUGCUGAGCUGUGCUUUCUCCUGUCUGGAUGAACUUUUUGCCUGUGUUCUGCUGCAAAUCUAUAUUUUGCUUAGGAAUGUCUCUGUGAUUAAUAAGGCUGAGCUAAAAAGAGUAAAUGGAAAUUUCCUUUCAUGUAAAA